AUGAGCGUGGAGUCAUGGUGCGACUCCAGUAGUGAAUGGAGUGCGGCAAGUAAUUACAGUGACAUUCACUGCACAAUCAACGCAGAGUUCCUGCGUUUUAUCUCCGCGAACUACACACACCUUGCUAGGCCCACAGUCCGACGCAUUGGUGUUCCGCCAGCGCGCCUGAGAAAGACGGGAUUGCGACAACUCCUGGAAGAGUCGCUGCAAGCUGAGGCGGGAACUGUUGGUGUGCCCUCCUCCCUUCUUGACCGUAUGGUGGUGGCACUGAGGCAUCAAACGGACCAUGUGCAUGUGGCUGCCGUCGUUGUGCACCACCUUUCUGAUCCGAAGAAUGGUGCUAUUCGCCAAGCUCUUCUGGAGGGGAGACUCACACCAGAGGCACUGGCGUCAAUGAAGGAAAGCGAACUCGUCAACCCGUCCCUGCGAGAGAAAUGGGAAAGGCAACGCACGAAUAUUCUACGACAAAAGACUGUCGCUUUUGUCGAGCAGCUUACUUCAGCUGUGACAACCAUUUAUACGUGCCCUUCCUGUGGUGGACAACGAUGCUUGCUAAGGCAGAGGCAGGCGGAUAAACAGAAAUGGGCUGGUGACGACGCGACACCUAAUUUGUUGACGUGCUGCGGCUGUUCUCACACCUUCAGACGCUGA